GUACUCCAAUCUCAGUCUUCCUCAUCGGUUUUCAAUUCCAUUGUCACAGUGAGACUGAGCGCCGCGUUCUCUCCAAUUCGGCGGCAAAACAAUACCGGUCGACGAGAGCUGUGGAAGUAAAUCAAUGGCAGGCCAAGCUGCAAAGUCGGUGGCAAAGGCAAUUGGGGAGUACCAGUACCCAUGGCGCGAGAAGUUGGUAAAAUACAAGACUGAGCUAUCCAAGGGUGUGUGGGGUUAUUGGCAUCUAGGGGCCUGGAAGGCAUCUGGAAUUAGUGCUCGUCAUCGAGCUAGACUUCGGAAGGAAGUCCUACUUGCAGGACAGGAUUGGCCAUAUGAUCCGGAGAGGAAAGAAAUGAGGACCAAGAGGAAGGGGCACAAAGUUGAUAGGAUAGCUGCCGAGAAACGUGAAAACACUGCCAGGUUGAUGGAGAAGAUGCCCGACAUGUUGCUUCAAUACAAGAAGCGCAGAUGGGAGAAGAAGAUGAAGGAAGAAGACAAGGGCAAGCCCUGAUCUCGUGACAGACGCUACUUUCCGUUGAAGUCCAUCCUCCUAAUAACUACUCCAAAGAUAUGUUUGAAUCAUCAGAGAUCAGACGACAAACAAUUUAGCUUCUAUUUUGCAUUUUAUUCCCAUGUACUCUUAAGCAGAACAUGUACAUCUUUCUUGUGGUCAAUUGUGUUACAGAGAACUACAAACUUCAAUCACUCUCGACUUUUGCGAAUCCGCAACAAGUUUUCACU